GCAGUGAGGGCUGGGAAAGGGCAGACGGCACUGCUGGCCGAGCGAGGGGGGUGUGCAGCGAAGGAGGCGGCGAUUGCUCCGAAGCAGAGCAGCGAGAAAAUAGUGGCGGAUCAAGCCCCCAUCGGGGCAGAGCUCCUCUCCCCCCGCCUCCCCCGCCCGUUGGUAGCGGCGCGGCUCGCGGGGCCUGGCGCACAUGGCCCGGCAGUAGGAGCCUCCCCGCCCCUCCCCCGCUCCUUUUCCCGUCGCUCGUGAGCUGGGAGCGCGCGGCCGGCGGGGCCCCGCACCGACCCCCAUGCAGGGCACCGAGGACAGCCCCGCGCCGCCCGGCGCCCAGAGCCCGGCCGAGGAGCCCGAGCAGCCCGACGGAGCGCCGCCAGAGCCGCCGCCUCAGCAGCAGCUGAAGGAGGAGGAGGAGGAGAGAGAAGGGCCGGAGGAAGAGGGCGGCUCUGAGGGGUCCCCCGAGCCGCCGCCCGCCGCCUCAGAGCCUCCCGCCGAGCCACAGCCGCCCUCUCCUCAGCCGACGUCCGGCCGGGAAAGCCCCGAACAGGCCGAGUCCCGGACCGGGCCCGAGGCCGAGCCGCCGCCGGAGGAGGCCAAGAGCGAGCCGCCGGCCGAGGCCGAGCCGCCGGCCGAGCCCUGCGCGCCGCGGGAGGACGGGGAGGCCGCGCCCGCCGAGCCCGAGGACGAGCUUUCCUUCAGCGAUCCCGAGGGCUUCGUGGACGACAUCAGCGACGAAGAAUUACUUGGUGAUGUACUGAAAGACCAGCCGCAGGAAGCAGAUGGAAUUGAUUCAGUGAUAGUAGUGGAUAACGUUCCUCAGGUUGGACCAGACCGACUUGAGAAACUCAAGAAUGUCAUCCACAAAAUAUUUUCCAAGUUUGGUAAAAUUAUAAAUGAAUUUUAUCCAGAAGCAGAUGGGAAGACAAAAGGGUACAUCUUUCUGGAGUACAUGUCUCCAUCUCAUGCAGUGGAUGCUGUGAAGAAUGCAGAUGGAUACAAGCUGGAUAAGCAGCACACUUUCAGAGUCAACCUUUUCACAGACUUUGACAAGUAUAUGACAAUCAGUGAUGAGUGGGAAAUCCCUGAGAAACAGCCAUUUAAAGAUUUGGGGAAUCUACGUUACUGGUUGGAAGAUCCUGAUUGUAGGGAUCAGUACAGUGUGAUCUUUGAGUCUGGAGACCGGACCUCCAUUUUUUGGAAUGAUAUCAAGGAGCCUGUUCAAAUUGAGGACAGAGCACGGUGGACAGAAACCUACGUACGUUGGUCCCCCAAGGGCACCUAUCUGGCUACAUUCCACCAGAGAGGCAUCGCACUUUGGGGUGGAGAGAAGUUCAAGCAGAUUCAAAGGUUUAGUCACCAGGGAGUACAGCUAAUUGACUUCUCACCCUGUGAAAGGUAUUUAGUGACCUUCAGCCCUUUGAUGGACACACAGGAUGACCCUCAGGCUAUUAUCAUCUGGGAUAUUCUGACUGGGCAAAAGAAACGAGGAUUCCACUGUGAAAACUCAGCUCACUGGCCUAUUUUUAAAUGGAGUCAUGAUGGUAAAUUCUUUGCUCGAAUGACUUCAGAUACCCUCAGCAUCUAUGAAACACCUUCUAUGGGAUUGUUGGACAAAAAAAGCUUGAAAAUCACGGGAAUAAGAGAUUUCUCCUGGUCUCCUGGUGGUAACAUAAUUGCUUUCUGGGUGCCUGAGGACAAAGACAUCCCAGCAAGAGUGACCUUAAUGCAACUGCCUGCCAGGCAAGAAAUCCGUGUGCGAAAUUUGUUCAAUGUCGUAGAUUGUAAACUACACUGGCAGAAGAAUGGUGAUUACCUGUGUGUGAAGGUAGACAGGACUCCCAAAGGCACGCAGGGAGUGGUGACCAACUUUGAAAUAUUCCGAAUGAGAGAGAAACAGGUGCCUGUGGAUGUGGUGGAAAUGAAAGAAAGCAUCAUAGCCUUUGCUUGGGAACCAAAUGGAAGCAAAUUUGCUGUUUUGCAUGGAGAAACUCCACGAAUUUCAGUUUCCUUUUACCAUGUUAAAAACAAUGGGAAAAUAGAACUUAUCAAAACAUUUGACAAACAGCAGGCAAACACGAUAUUCUGGAGUCCUCAAGGGCAGUUUGUAGUGUUGGCUGGCCUCCGAAGCAUGAACGGUGCCUUAGCAUUUGUUGAUACAUCUGAUUGCACCAUGAUGAAUAUUGCUGAACACUAUACAGCUUCAGAUGUGGAAUGGGAUCCUACAGGCAGAUACAUCGUGACUUCUGUGUCUUGGUGGAGCCAUAAGGUGGACAAUGCGUAUUGGUUAUGGACCUUCCAAGGACGUCUACUUCAGAAAAACAAUAAAGACAGGUUCUGUCAGCUUCUGUGGAGACCACGACCAGCUACCUUGCUCAGUGAGGAUCAGAUAAAGCAAAUUAAAAAGGAUCUGAAGAAGUACUCAAAGAUAUUUGAGCAGAAGGAUCGCCUGAGCCAGUCCAAAGCUUCAAAGGAGCUGGUGGAAAGGAGACGUACAAUGAUGGAAGAAUUCAGAAAGUACCGCAAGAUGGCACAAGAGUUGUACAUGGAGCAAAGGAACGAGCGCUUAGAGCUUCGAGGAGGGGUUGACACGGAUGAGCUGGACAGCAAUGUUGAUGACUGGGAGGAGGAGACUGUUGAAUUUUUUAUCAAUGAAGAAAUUAUUACCCUUGCAGAACCAGAGUAAUCUAAUAAAACUGUGCACCACCAUAUCUUGUGCUGAAAAGAGGUUUGUUCAUUUUCAGAAAGUCUACAUCAAUUUUGGAAUUUUUAAUCCAUAUUCUUGCACUCUGGAAGGGUGAAUGCACCGGAUUUUCUCCAUUCUGCCACAUUGUAGUGCCUUUAAGUCUUGCUGCGUGCUGCAGUGAGAUAUUGAAGAGGCGCUGCUUUUAAAUUUUUAUUCUUUUUUUUUUUUAGGGUUCAAUUUUCUUUUUAAAUUCACUAAUACCAGUAUUUACUUCUUGACUCCUGUGCAGUACUUCCCAACUGGCAUUUUUGACUUCCUGCCAGUGAAGUGAGUUUCAUCAGUGCGCAUCUCUUACACACAAUGUUUCUGUUUCAGGACUCUUUUUGUGUCCCGAGUGCAUGGACAGAUGUUCACUUUGUUUGGGGAAAAGUCAACAGAACCAUUUUUCGUAUGAUGUGUUUUAGUGUGCUGAAGCAGCACUACAGUGGGCUAUAUCCUCCUCCUUUCAGAUUGUGAAAGGAUGUCUCCCUCAAAGAGCUGAAUAUGGAAAUAAAAGCAGACCAAUACUAAAAACCA